GUCAUAUGACGUAUGACGCAUUCUCGACUAAUAAUCAAUUGCAAACUGUAUUUUACUAGCGAUUGAGGCGUAACCGGUGAAUCUAAGAAUAUUUUCUACUAAAUCAUUGAAGAUAUAUCAAGCAGUAUCAUUUAAGCUUAACAACAACAGUUAUAACACAGUAUAAAUAUGGCCGCGCCACCGAUUUACAGCCCGGUAAUACCAUGUGUGCAACCGAUUCCUGGGGGUAUGUAUCCCGGCCGCAUGGUCCGAUUCCAAGGGAAUGUCCCACCAGGAGGUCAAAGGUUCGCCAUCAACUUUCAAUGCGGCCCCAAUACAGACCCUCGUGAUGACAUCGCUAUGCAUUUAAACUUCCGCUUCGUGGAGAUGUGUGUGGUCAGGAACCACCUGGCCGCCAUGAACUGGGGUGUAGAGGAGACUAAUGGUUGCAUGUCCCUGGUUAGGGGGCAGCCGUUUGAGGCUCUUGUACUUUGUGACACUCAAUCAUUUAAGAUCGCUCUCAACGGCAUCCACUUCUGCGAUUUCCCUCACCGUCUCCCAUUCCAGCGCAUCUCCCACUUGACCAUCGACGGUGACGUUAUGAUGCAGUUCAUUGGCUUCGAAGGUGAACAGCCACCACCCAGCCAGAUGUAUAUGUCGGAACCGCCCGCAUACGGCGGCUACGGUGCGCCGCCUUCGUACGGCGCCCCCGGGUACGGAGCGCCACAAGGUUUCGGGGGCGUUGCGCAACAACAAGGCUACGGUACGCAAUAUGUGCAAGGCGAGCAGCGUCGCGGGCUCGGCACCGGUGCGGCGGUCGGGCUCGGAGUGGGCGCGCUCGCGGCCGGCGGGCUGGCGGGCUACGCGAUGGGCGGUGGUUUCAGCAAUGACAGUCCUCCGAGUGAGGUACAAGUUGUAGAAUUUGGUGGUGACGACUGGGUGGAAUAAAUACGCCUUCAUAUAGACAAUGUAUCAAAUAACACAACGUAUGUAGCAUAAAUAUAUAUAUAAUAUAUAUGAAGAGUAAAAUGUAAAAAAAAAACAUAUUUAUAUACAUCGUUUUCUAUAAAGUAUUUUAAUAAUUUGUUGCAAAAGAAAUUGUGAUUAUAAUAUUAUGAUGGCGACGGACUUGCGGGUUUAACUGAUACAUUCGAAUCCAUCUGAUCACUUAUCGCCUUUCAUUAAUCUUUGUUCACUUAACAAGGAUAUUUUGGCUUUUGGUCAAAAUCGAAACUAGCUUAGUAAGCUUGUCAAGUGUGGUCUUAGUAUAUUUAGUUACCGGCUGUUAACAAAAGUCAGUCGCCAGCUUUAGAUUAAAAAAAAUGUCCAAACAUUGUUAAAACUUUAAAAACAAAAUGGAGCCUAAUUUAUUUCUUAUAACAUUUCUUAAGCAAAUAUUUAUAAGCACAAUUAUUAAGUAUUAUUAUGACCAAUGAAAAUAAUAUUUAUAAAUAUGGUGUGCGGAAUAGUAGCCUUUAAAAGUUGCCUUAGGCUUUAAAAAAAAACAGAUGUGGAGUAAAGGAUUAUGGCGUUUAGUUUUUUUUUUAAAUAAGCAUAAAUGUUUAUUAUAUAAUUAUUUAUUAUAAUUUGUCUCGAAUUGUUUUUUAAUUAUUUUAAUUAAUAUUUUAAAAAUAAUCGAUCAUACACUUGAGUUUCGAGAUAAUUUCUUAAAAUGCACUUAAAUUAAAUAUCUUAAAUGAUUAUAAAGUUAUAAUAUAGCUUUUAUAAAACUUUUCUACAUAAAAUAAUCUAAUUUAUAAGAAAAAAAUUAACGAUAUUGUUUUACAACUUGGAAUUAAAAAUAUAUUCAUUUUUUUUUAAAUUAUAUUUAAGUUUUCGGCCGCAGAGAGAAUUUGCCCCUACGAGACCGUGAUCGAAUGAACGAUGUAGCUUUGUAAUGGAAAUAAUUUAUAUUAAAAAUAUUAACUAACGAAUAACAUUAUAAACUAUCGAUUUAGUGUCUUAUUCUUUCGAAUGUCAAAUCAAUUAUGUCAGAAAGGGAGAAAUGUCGCGUCAACUGUUUGUCUGUAGUGAAUCACUUGUCAUAAAAAAAUCAUAGAAUAUUGAAAUUCACAAAGGUCGAAUUUCUAGUGCAAAAUGGCUAGUGUGUAAUCCACCUUAUCGUCUGUUUGACGUAAUAACGUUAUAUAUAUUUAUGUACGCUCUAGUAAAAGUACAUUCAAGUAACAAUGAAUCCUUGUGUCUAAUAAAUAUGUUUUCAAUGUUAAUAUUAACAGAGGCUAGCGUAAUUUAACUUUAUACUUAUAAUUAGAAAAAUACAUUACAGAUAAUAAAAAAGUCAAAUAUUGUUCGCGUGAUCGUAAAUAAUAAUUAAAAAAAGAUGGCUACCUGACCAUCUUUCAAUCUGUCAUUACUAAUCUGUGAAGCUAUGGAAUGUAGAGAUAAGAGAAGUUUGCUCUUAUGGGUUUCAUUUGAAAAGUAAGUAAAGGCCCUAAUAAUCGCCAUAAUGGCGCAAAAAUAGCCAGAGUGUAUAACACGAUAAAAACAUUUAUGCAUUUAUUAAUUUUAUUAAUGGAAUAAUUUGUUUUUUUUUUUUUUAAAUACAAAUAUAUAAUAUAAUAUCUUACCUCCACAUUCCAUAUUUAAACCCAACGAGGCUCGAGUGUUCGAAAUGAGUAUUUUUUUAAUCUAUAUAAUCUAUGUUAAUUUUGUCUUAUUGAAUCUGUAUCACGUUGCCACGCUUUCACAUUUUGUCAUUUAACCACACAGAACACAGACACGUUUUUGAUGCCAUAAUUUUAUUUUAUUAAGUUGAUUAAAAUAUAUAAUAUAAAAAGUGUUGAAUUUAA